AUGGGAUCGAGCGAAGUUACGAAACUUCAGCAGCAUCUCGCGCUGCUGAAAGAGGAAUAUGGAAAAUUGCAAAGUCAUUGUGCGGAAGUGGAGAGAAAAUACACCCUAGCAGCGGCCUCCGCCGGUGACUUAAGUGAAACUAGCUUUGUAGCGAGACUCCUCAUGACUGUAUCUGCACUUUACGGCAAGGAAGUAUAUUCAGAUAUUUCUAUAAAACUUCAGAGCAAGUCUGUGCCCGGACAUAAGUUUGUGUUGAAUGCUCGUUCAGAUGAUUGGAACGAAGAGGCAUUAAGAAAUUUAUCAGAACUUGACUGGUCAACUCUACCAGAUGAUGUCGGUGCAGCACUUUUAAAAUGGCUUUACACAGACCUUGUAGAUCUCUCUCGUGGAGAAUCUUUUGCCCUUCAAUUAAUGAAAUCAGCAGCCAAUUUUAAAUUGCAUGGUCUGGUGGGGAAGUGUGAACAAGCGCUAAUUGCUUCUGUUGGUGUAAGGACUUGUGUAAAAUUCUAUUCUGCUGCUGAUGAAAUUGGUGCCACGGCCCUCAAAGAACACUGUUCUGGCCUAAUAUCAGCGCAUUGGGAUGAUCUCACAGGAGAAGACUUUGCACAUAUGUCAUCAGCCCUGCUAUACAGGAUGCUAAAGAGCAAAACUCCUCAGCCUUUGCAUGGAGCAGUGCGACUGCUUCGCGAAGAUGUUGUGUUUCUCUGCCUCGUUGAAAACCACGCUAAUUAUUAUAAACUCCUUGUACAUAUAUGA